AGUCAAUUAAUGCUUCCUAGUAUUGCUAUCUUCUCGUUAUAGCAAUAUUUUUGCUGUAUAUACUCCGAAAAGAAUCUUGAUAUGAUUGUAUAUAAACUAGGGUAUAUAUAGCAUUAUAUAGGGUUUCAUCAUCACAUUUCUUCACUAAGUGUACACGUUAUUAGUGGAAGGUUAUGGAUACCGGCACUGUUAAAGAUACAUGCUUUGGUAAUCCAUUGAACAUUUGCUACAAACACGUUAUAUAGGAAUUUGAACGGUAUAUUGAGUUUGCAAGCUGCCUUAACUGCAGCUUCGCAUAUUUUAAGUUUUAAUUGGGAUACUGACAUUAUCCAGUGGGCAUCAUCUGGUUGUAACCAGCCAUUUAUACAAAGGACAUAUAUAUGUCCAUUGCAUCACCUGGAUAUGCAUGAUGAUGUGUUGUAAGGUGUUGCACCGAAUUUCAAAUGCUAUAUAAACUAAUUCAAGUCAAUUCACAUAGUGUGGGAUCUAAUAUACACUAUUGUUGGAUUACUAAAACAUUUGUGGUUUAGAGGCUUGAUAAUCUUUUACGCUGUGUCACGGAAACUUGAUGUCCUCUAGAGCAUAUAUAGGCUUAUGUCCUACUUGGAGACUGGUUCAACCACAUCCUCCAUUGAAUAUUUCACAAGGGCGUAUUACAUCUAGUAACUCUAACACCAAUGACAUAGGGAUAUUACAGGUUCCGCUAUAAAAUGUCUACUCAAACAACAAAGAAGCUUCUCAAGUAUGAGAGUACCUACCGUUCUUCUAGGUUCAACUCUGCAGCCAACACACAAUCCAAUGGCAUGACUGAAUAUGCGGACUCCACAGAUUCCACUCCUAUAAUUAACUACACUUCACAUAUCAGGGCCAAUGCUAAAUCACACUUCCAGGAUGAUCAGAAGUCUACUGCGCAGCUAAAUCUUACAUUCAAUAGGUUUUCACCGGUUAUUAAAGGUGGAUGGGUCACUUACCGGCGUAAGUACCUCGAGGGUCCCGUUAUUGGGAAGGGCAGCUUCGGUGUAGUCAAAGCACUAUUUCCCGUGGUUGACCUUAUAGCUUUACAACAGAUGCUUCCCGUGAGGGACCAGGUACCUGCCAACAGGCUGGGUCAGGGUAUCCGUAAGCUUUCUGACAGCCGUUAUGAGUUCUUCGGCAUCCCUUUACCACCUCCCACGCGUGCGGUGAAGAUUAUGCAAAUGAAGAGUAACCAGCGUUCCAGUGACAUUAAGGAUGCUUUACACGUUUUGAGGGAGAUUACUAUCGGUGCUUGGCUGGAUCACCCCAACCUUGUGAAAAUCUCGGAGAUUUACACAAACAAGUCGAAUGACAUUAGCGAGGUCUCCAAUGAGGUAUUCCAUCAACCUGCGUUGAUGAGUGAGAUACCCACUGAUUUCACUAAGGUCUAUCUCGUGAUGGAAUACUGCAGUGGUGGUGACCUUACCACCAGGAGCAUUCCUGAUGACAACAAGGAGGAAACCGUGUCCAAGAUGUUUGUUCACGUUUUCCGUGCUUUGAGUUAUAUCAACACCAUGGGCAUAGCACACCGUGAUGUGAAGCCCGAGAAUUUUUUAUGGUCAACUCGCGCGGCCAAUGCUGACGUGAAGCUGACUGACUUUGGACUGGCUAAUUCACCGUUGCAUACACUUACUACACGGGCCGGUACUGCUUAUUACGUAGCUCCUGAAAUUGUACAAUACGCUCCCCAGCAGCAUUAUUCCGUAGCCUGUGACUCUUGGUCCGCUGGGAUAAUGCUACACUUAUUUCUGCUAGGAUUCUAUCCAUUCCAGGGUGAAAAUGAUGUUAAAACAUUACUAAAAGUGGCAAAUGAUGAGAUUAAGUGGGAUGAUGUCCGGUAUGACAAGAUAAGUGCUGAUGCCUACGACCUGUUGCGUAAGCUAUUGGUCAAGGAUCCCAGGAGGCGCAUUUCCACUACUGAGGCAUUGAAGCACCCCUGGUUGCGCCGUGCUACUUUUGAGGUAACUGCUAUCCCAAUGACCGUUGAGGAGGCAACUGGGAUUGUAGAGGCCCUGACGGCUUUCUACAGGUGCCCCGUUUUAAAACAGCUGGCGCUAUGCCUCAUGGUACGCCAGAUGCAGGAUGCUGAAAUCGCAAGGAGUCGUAAGAAAUACAUGUAUCUAUCAUUAUUCUGUGAGAGUGAGCACUUUUGGGUGAACAUCAACACUGUUGAGAAGUGGCUUAUGUGCGCUCGUGAGCGCCCUUGUAAUGACAAGGGCAAGCCUAGUUGCAAGGUGUCGUGUUACAUGUAUCCCGAGUGCAUUCCUGAGCUGAACUGUGGCAUUGUGGAGGGCAAAGAUUCCCACAACUUGCCGAGGAGGCGUGUUAGUCUACGUCAAUCGAUGCUCUGGAAAUCGGUUUCCAGGUUAAAUGAUGUUCUCAGCAAUUUCAGCGACCACAAGCUAUCUAUUAGCUUCACUGAAUUCGUGGCUGCGCAGAUGAUGGAAGAACUCGUGCACCGCAGUGACUUGAUUCUGGAUACAUUCGCAGGCCUCCGUAGCGAGAUACCUGGCAGGCGCUCUAUAUUAAUUGACGCUCGUGAUUUAAAGCGGCUGCUCAACCCGAUAUAUAGAUGCUCCACUUUGGAUCUGGAGGAUGUCUUACGACAGACGGAACUGAUCGCCUUGUGUACCUAUCUUGGUAACUUGGCUACUGAUGAGGAAUCUAAGACACGUGUAUUCCACUUGUUAAAACACACUAUUGACCCUAAGGCGGGUACUAAACACAUGAAGCUGACUAUAGAUGAAUUCUUCGUUAUGAUGAAGUCUUCAAACACUGUCAAGACUGUGGAAGACACUUUGAAGGAGGGUCAUCACCGACCCUGCGAUGGCUACGAGGCCGUUAAGCGCAGGUUGAUAUUGAACAAACUACAGGAGAUUGACGAGCACUGCACUAACCGCAAGCGCAAGCGUCGCGUUUUGCGCGGCUGACACGUUACGU